AUGCAGUCAUAUGAAGAAGCUCCUCCACCAUAUCCUGGUACAAUACCUAAUGCUACUUCAAAUACAGUAAGACCCAAAGGUGAUUAUAGAGGUGUACCAGUAUAUGAAGUAUCUUCGAAUGAUACACCUAUUUAUAAUGAAAUGAGUUAUCAACAAGUACCGGUAACAGAGGCUAGACCAAUUCUAGUUGGAGCACAUGCUGUUCCGCUCGGUCGUAAUCCAAUUCAUUGUAUUUGUCCUCAUUGUCAUCAACAAGUUGUUACACGAGUCGAUUAUUAUUCUGGUUCGUUUGCAUGGCUUAUGUGUUUGUUACUUACGGUUAUUGGUUGUAUACCAUGUUGUGUAAUUCCAUUUUGUGCAACAUCAUGUCAAGAUGUAACUCAUAUAUGCCCAUGUUGUUCAAUGGUGGUUGGUCGUCGAAAAAUUCUUUAA